AUGCGGUUACCAUGUGUCCCUAGCCGCGCAUUGAGAGGACUCCGGGCGCAAUCGUUGCUCUCCCGCAACGGCCAGAGGCACUCUCUGCCUAGCGGAACCAGGAACUAUAAUGCGGCGGUCAUAGGCGGCGGCAUCACCGGCCUAACGGCGGCCUCACGACUGUCGCAGGACCCGGAAUGCUCGAAGGUGACGUUGUAUGAGAAGUCCGGACGUUUAGGGGGUUGGAUGCUGUCUGAGAGGAUUCCAGUUGACGGGGGAGAUGUCCUAUUUGAGUACGGCCCGCGGACCUUGAGGACUGCGGCACCUGCUUGUCUUCCGUUGAUUGAUUUGAUACUUGACAUGGACCUUCAUGACGAAGUUCUUUUGACGAAGAAGGAUGACCCCGCGGCUCGCAAUCGCUAUGUCUACUACCCCGAUCACCUCGUCCGCAUGCCAGGCCCUGAUCCGGAAGCGGGGUUUCUACAGAAUGCGAUCUCGGUCCUAGGCAGCUUAGUCUCCGAGCCGGUAUUCAAGAACCUCAUCAAAGGCGUCGUCACAGAACCAUUAAAACUGGACCUCAUCCCGGGCCCUGCAGAUGAAUCCGUUGCGGAGUUCGUCACUCGCAGACUCCACCCCGACGUCGCCGAUAACCUUGUAUCCGCCGUCAUGCAUGGAAUAUAUGCGGGUGAUAUUGAUAAGCUGAGUGCGCAGGCCCUUCUGGGACAAAUCCGGACGUUUGAGACUCCGGACCGGGGGGUCAUCGGGUCCCUGUUGAAUAUCAAGAGUUCGGGGAGAGCGAUUGUGCGCGUGGAUGACUCUUUGGCUCGGAGGAAUGCGGGCCCGUUGAAGAACAUUGAGUAUUGGAAGAUGCUGAAGACAUUGGUUGCGAGGUCUAGCGCAUUGACUUUCAAAAAUGGGGUUGGGCAGCUGUCUGAUGCUCUGGCUGCAGCUUUGGAUAGGGAGGAGAAGGUGGAGGUUAUCACUAAUGCUGAUGUUAGAGCUAUCAGUAAGAAUUCGGAGACUUCUGACUUGAUUGUCGACUACGGAGAGAACCAAUCUCAAACACACAACCGGGUCAUUGCUACCAACCCAGCUCCAAACCUAGCUCAACAGCUCAGUCAAAUUACCCAGAAAGACCAGAAAACCCCACAGAGUACAAUCAAUUGUCUCAAGCAGCACAACUAUGUGACUACAGUCAUGGUUGUCAACCUAUACUAUCCAAACCCAGACCUCCUCCCCGUCACCGGUUUCGGCUAUCUCAUCCCCCGAUCAAUCCCCUUUGACCAAAACCCAGAGCGAGCAUUAGGCGUGAUCUUCGGUUCCGACUCCAGCGUCGGCCAGGACACCGCCCCCGGCACCAAACUAACAGUAAUGUUCGGUGGCCACUGGUGGGACGACUGGUUAGAAUCCGACUACCCCGAUCAUGACAGAGCCGUAAAAAUGGCCCGCUCUCUCCUCGAACGACACCUAAACAUCAAAGAUGAACCAAUCCUUACCCGCAGCAAACUGCAACGCAACGCCAUCCCCCAGUACACCGUGGGCCAUGUGUCGCGCAUGCAGGAGCUCUCACGGUCCGUCCGUACCGACUUCAACAAACGGCUUACCCUGGCGGGAUCCUGGUAUGGCGGUGUUGGAAUCACGGAUUGUGUCCGGCAGGCGUAUAUAGCUUCGACAUUGGGUGUUGGGGCAAAGAAGUUGGAUCUUGAGAUGGACCGUCCCAGGUUUGAUCCUGCGGAGUGGGAGUUGGAGGGUGGAUUGCCGAUGGCUCCGGUUCAGUGGGUUGAUGUUCCUCUAUCGGAGCAGUAA